AGCGCCAGCAGCAGGUGCACAGCGCUGGGCUUGGGUGAGUGUGUGCGAGUCGUUUUCACGCCCGAGGGCUGCAACGGCCUGCGGGUCUUAGCAAAUAGUAGGAGGAGCCACAGAAAUGCACGCCGCGACGACAAAAUGAGCGCUGCACCACCGCGCGGCCGGGUGGCCUGCGUCCAGCUGGAGCCGGUCCACGGCCAGCCCGACGCGAGCCGGGCGAAAUGCGACGCUCUCCUGGACAGCACUCCCUUGGACGGCGUCGUGCUGAUCGUGCUGCCGGAGAUGGCGUUCACGGGCUAUUUGUUCGACGCCGCCGCCCGCGUGCCGCGCGACGCCGAGCAAACGCAGAGGUGGUGCGUCGAGCGCGCGCGGCGGCACGGCUGCGUCGUGGUCUGCGGCGCCCCGAGGCACGCUGGGAACAACGUGUAUAAUGCGCAGCUCGUCGCGCGAUCCGACGGCACGACCACGUGGUACGACAAGCGCCACCUCUACGACGCCGACGAGGCCUGGUGCACCGAGGGCGCGAACCCCUUCCAGAGCCUCGGCGACGCCAUCGCGGACGAGCGGCUCGGACUGGGCAUCUGCAUGGAUAUCAAUCCCUACCGCUUCACGGGUCCGGGCGGCGAGCUGGCCUCGUUCCACCGGGACGCCGGCACGUCGAUCCUGGCGUUCUCGAGCGCCUGGUGCGAGAACCACCCGUCCGACCCGCCGAGCGUCGUGCGGCGCGAGCGCGGCGUCGCGCCGGCGGCGCGCCAGCGGCGAACAAUCCAAGGGUGGCUGCGGCGGCUCGAGCCGCUCGAAAACUGCAUUUUUGUGUGCGCGGACCGCGUCGGACGGGAGCCCCUGACGUGCCUGGGCCUCGGGGAGGGCGACUGCGUCUUCUGCGGCGCGUCGUGCGUCCUGGACCUGGCGACCGGAACGUUGCUGGGCGCGCUGUCGACGACCGAGGAGGGCGUGCUGGUCGUGGACCUGCCCGACCGCCACUGCGACUAA